AUGACGGAGAUCGCCGAACAACACUCCUCGCCGUCUUCCCCCUUCUUCCGUCUUUUCCUGCUUCUGCUGGCUUGGGUUCAGACGGUUCUGGACGUCGUGGAUGCAUGGUCGUGCCUUGCUACACUCGGGGUCAUCUUUGUGGGCGCACUUUAUUGCCUCCACAUUGUUGGCCUGUGUUAUGGCAAGCACCGACUCCAUCACCCUGCUCGACUGGACUCCUCCACACUGCCCGGCGUCUCGAUCAUCAAACCAAUUGUCGGAACUGAUGACAAUCUCUCUGAGAAUCUGGAGUCGCUCUUCACUUCGAGACACCCUCAACUUGAGUUGCUCUUCUGUUUUGAGAGCAGUGAUGAACCUGGAAUCGAAGUCGUGCAGACUCUCAUGGAGAAGUUCCCAAACGUCGAUUCCAAAGUGUUUAUUGGAGGAAUUAAGGUUGGUCUCAACCCGAAAGUCAAUAAUAUGGCGGCGGCCUACGCCGUUGCCAAGUACCCACUUGUCGCAAUUAACGACAGUGGGAUCUACAUGCGGCCAGACGCUAUCUCCGACAUGGCUGCCACCAUCAUGCAGGACGACAAAAUGGCUCUGGUCACUCAAAUCCCAUUUUGUGAAGAUCGGACCGGGUUUGCCGCUGCUUUCGAACAUGUGUACUUCGGUACCUCCCACGCAAGAAUCUAUCUUGCCGGCAACUGUCUCCGGUUCAAUUGUCCCACUGGCAUGUCUUCGAUGUUCAGGAAGGAGGUUUUGGAUCAAUGCGGAGGAUUCGAGGCGAUUGGGGAGUAUUUGGCAGAGGAUUAUUUCAUUGGAAAGAAAAUGGCCGAGCUGGGAUACAAGUCAGGGAUCUCUGCUCAUCCAGCCCUUCAAAAUGCUUCCUCGGCAACCUUCAAUGCGUUCUUCAACCGAGUUGGACGUUGGUUCAAGCUCCGCUUGUCCAUGAUGCCCCAAAUCGUUUUAGUGGAGCCAUUCCAGGAUUGUUUUCCGUCCGGCACAAUCAUCACCUAUAGCCUCCACUACCUAUUCGGAAUCCACCUCGUCCCCAUCUUCACCCUUCAUGUCAUUUUCUGGAUCACUGUUGACUUCAUCGUUCUAAAUAUCAUGCAGCAUUCUGGAGUUCAUCGUGUUGUGGACCCUCCGAGAACUUUCAUUCCCCAUUAUUUUUGUGAAAGCGGUUAUGGACUCCGGUAUCAGAUGGAGGAACAAAGUGAUUAUUGUUAA